AAGCUCAAGCGCGAGAACUUACAGCACACACGACCAUCAUGUUCUUCAAGUUCACUCGCACCAUAGUCCUCACAACGAACCCCCAUCUCUUCCAGCUACAGGCCUCGUCGAGUUCCAUUCCUUUUCCAGAUAGACUUUUAUCAUGACAAUGGCGGCAAACCCGCAGAUCUUCACCUUCCUAGGCAUUCUCACCACAGCGUACUUUCUCAGACGCCUUGUAUCCUUCAUCUGGCUCUAUUAUCUUCGCCCAUCGUCCGUGAACAAGUUUAUUUAUGGCAAGGAGCCGUAUGCACUGAUUACCGGUGCUUCAGACGGGAUAGGACGCGCUACUGCGUUGGAGCUCUACGAGAAGGGAUUCAACCUGAUCUUGCAUGGUCGUAACGAGGCGAAGUUGACCAAAGUCAUCAGCGAGAUAAAGGCCACUGCAAAAGGGCCUAGCAGGGAUAUAAAAUAUUUUAUCGCCUCAGCUGACAGCCCAGAGGUCGACUUUCAAAAGAUCGCAGACGAGUUCCGUCAACUGAAAGUGACCUUGCUCAUCAAUAAUGUGGGCGGCUCGAAUGGUUUGCGAUCAGAAAAGGUGGAUGGAUAUGACGAAACAGAGCUACUCUGUGAUAUUCGAAUCAACGCUUUAUUCCCCUUCUACCUCACCCGCGCCUUCCUUCCCCAGCUUCGUUCAACUGGCGGACCCGUCGAAGUUAUCUUCGUAGGCUCUCAAUCCGCCGACAUCGCCAUUCCCCGUCUAUACACCUACGCACCAUCCAAAGCAUUCCUCCACCGACUCGCCUGCUGUCUGAACUCCGAUGAGCAGUUCUGGACACCCUCUAACGUCCGUUUCGUCUAUUGGAACGUAGGAACGGUCGUUACGAAUAGUUUGAGAGAGACUCCCGGGUUGUUUUAUCCGCUUGCUGCGAAGUUCGCCAAGUCUGCCGUGGCGAGAAUUGGAUGUGGGAAAGAGAGGGUCACGCCAUAUGCCCCUCACGCUUUUCAACAGUUCUUCGUAGGAUUGCUACCGGAGAGUUUCUUGUUGAAAUAUGCCGCUGACACGAUGAAGAAGCUUAUUGAGGGCUUUGAGAAGCGCGUUGAUUGAGCCACGAGAGAACUCAUACCAGGUUGUGUACCCUUACUGGAGUUGUAGUGGUCUAGUGUAUCUGCUUGCUCUUCACCGUCUAUGUUCUGGUCACUUUUGCGCUUUGGAUGUAGACAUUGUAUUUUGGGGAUUUAUACCAAGACUCUUAUUUUCUGGAACUUCAGGCUAUUGACCCUUUUCCAACUA